AACAACUUAGUAGAGACAAUUUCGGCUUUUCGACUUGAGUCGAUAAUUCCGUUGAACUCGUAUAAAUCGAGCCCGCCCUCAUUUGACAAACCUCUGCACCACUCCAGGUCGAGUUAAAAGUUCAAGGAUUUUCUGUCAUCGCUAGCGCUAGCGCAGUUUGUAUUCAUUCGGGUAUGACGGUACCGUGAACAGCACUGGUUGUGCAUCCAUAGUCAUGCUAGCACAUGUACUGCAGAUCGUGCACUAAACAUGUCUGGAUUAUAACUCGGGAUUGAUUGGGCUGUCAUUCAUACAUAGACCUACUCGUGGUUAAUGGAGGACAGGAGCCCUUAUCACUGUAGACAGACACGUCACAACAGAGAUGGCAGAGGGGGAGGACGAUGCCAUGUGUGUCUUGGAUAGGUUCGGCGAGGAGUACCUGAACUGCACUAUCUGCCAGGACAGGUACAAGCAGCCUAAGAUCCUCAACUGCCUUCACAGCUUCUGCAAGGAAUGCCUGCUCAAGUACCAGCCCUCCCAGGGCCCCGUCAAGCUCAGCUGCCCAGUCUGCCGACAGGAGACGGUGAUCCUGGAGGGAGGCGUGGCCGGAUUGAAGACCAACUUCCCGCUGAGUGGGAUCGUGGAGGCCUUCCAGAGACACGAGGAGAAGAUCCUGGCUAGCGGGAGAUCGUCUCCGGCUGCCAGCGAGCGGGCCCAGGCGUCACUGCCUCAACGCAGCGUCCGGGAGUGCAGAAAGCACGAGGGGGAGAGGACCUGGUUCUACUGCGAGACGUGCCAGGACCUGGUCUGCCGGGUGUGCACCACCAAGACGCACCGGGAACACGAGUUCCAAGAGAUCGACGCCGCCGCCUUGGCCUGCAGGGAAUCCCUCCGCGGUUACCUCCCGCGAGUUGGAGAACUGUUGACCGGGGUUGAGGGUGCGCUUAAUGCUACAAAGAACACACAUCACCUGGUAGUCGCAGCAGUUGAAAGAAGCAGGCAGGAGGUGACGGAUCGCGCGAUGGCUGCCGUAGCUAUGGUGAUGGACGCCAAGCAACGCAUCCUGGACGAGAUCGACUCGACCGAGGAGGAGCGGGCCAAAGCAGUGAAGGAGCAGACCAAGAGUCUUACGAUGCUACGGGAUAAAAUGCGGCACUCUCUGACCGUUUCGGAACACCUGUCAUCCAGCGCCACGGAUGAGGACCUCCUGUCUCUCUUCCCGAUCUUCCAGGCCGACUUGAAGGAACUCGGAGACCGACCCACCACACCCCCGUCUACCCCGACCUCGUUCAUGCGGCUCCUGCCAGCAACGCAGCCGACGAUGGUGGAUCUCGGGAGACUAGUUGUGAACACCGAGAAGUGGAAGAUGACAAAGAAAGUGGGCAAGUGGGGAAGCGAUAAGAAGGAUUUCGACGGCGCGAGGGGAGUGGCAGUGUGCCCUGAUGGGAGAAUCGCCGUGGCUGACAUGGGCUUGUGGACCAGGGGCAUCACCUUCUUCACGUCUGAUUGGACAUACGAGGCAUUCAUCAAAUUCGCGGACAAGCCGCGGGAUGUAGCAUCAAUCGACGAUCGCAUUGUAGUCGCAGACAACACUGCCGCGGUCAAAGUCUACGAUGCCCAACGGUCGCUGGCCUUCAGGUUCGUAACGACCCCGCCUGGCACCGACACCAAAACCCCGGUCAACAUCGUCAGCGUCGCUGUCAAGAAAGACGGAGUCAUCGUAGUCGGAGACGUCGAACGGAAAGUUGUCACCGAGCACCGCUCCACUGACGGGGAGCUGCUGCGAACCAUCCCGACCAAUGUUCCCCCUUACUUCCUGGACGUAGGCGAGACGGACAAGCUGCUCCUGAGCGGAUUGGAUACGGGGGACGUCGAAGAGAUCGACGGCGUAGGCACGGCGAAGUUCACGGUGAGACCGGUGAUUGCCGGUGAGGACCAGGUGUCCUGCGGAGGAGUGUGUUACGGCGAGGAAGGGAACUUUUACGUAGUGGUGCACGGGAAGGAAUCGCACAUCGGACACGUUCAUCAGUACACGUCCGCCGGGGAGUUCCUUGGGUGCGUGGCCCAGGAUUUGUACGACCCUAACGGCAUUGCGCUGACCACGCGGGGCGAGCUUGCUGUGGCUGACUGCUUCUCGGUUAAGGUUUAUGCGAGAAUGUAAAAACCGUGACGCAUUCUUUCGGGACACACUUACUAAUGUUAAUAAGUAAUCAUUCAAAGCAAAAGGUGUUCGUAAUAUUAGCCAAACAUGUGGUGUAUAUUAUUAUCCACAGUACAUGUGUAUCAUUCUGUGUAAACAAAGAACAUGAACACUGGAAUGGACAUUAGUAUGAGAGUGUCAAAGUAAUCAGCACUGAAAACAUAAACUUGCCACUAUAACAACAUUCGAAGGUUGUCGGAUAUAGACUGAAAUUUUGAGAGUUGAACCUUGACUUUUUGAAAGGACAAACAACCAUCCAGUCGAGAUAAUAUUUUGUUAUCAUACAGUGAAGUUAGAAAGAUAUUAAAAUCGCUCUUGUAAUUAUUAACAGGUUAUACGAA